AUGCCAAAGUCGCCAGUUGUGUCGAGAGUUCUACAUCAGGUUGGACAGCUAUCUGCGUGCUAUUUCGGACUGGGAGUCGCUCGAUCUUGGUGUGCUACAAACGUUUCAGCACAUCAGCCCUCGGGCCCGUCGGUAUAUAAACUGCAGGGCGCUCAAUGGUUACUGAAGACAUACUGGGAUACACCGUCACUCGUACCGCAUCUCAGGACGAUUCUCCAUCGUGAUAUGUCACUGAGUCAUGCAACCCUCGUGACUUUCUCUGCCCUUGACCAGUGGAAACUCCUUGCGUGGAAGAAACUGGAGACGUUCGAAUUAGAUCUAGUGUUAGCAAACCCAAGCAAGUUUUUCCGUGAAGAACGCCAAAGGGUGGGACUAGAUCCAGAAGGUAGAGACAGCAUAGCCGGAUCGCCAACCUCAUUCGAAUCACCACUAUGUACUCAGCUGCUUUAUUACCUGGCUUCUUGGGGUGAUGAUCCCAUCGGCUGGAAGCUACUGUACGAGCUCACGCACGAGUUUUAUCGGAUGAACAUUCCCCUGCAAGCCAAAAUCCCUUUCGUACUUCCAUUUUACCACAUCGAAAAACUCUUGUUGCCACCCGCAACGAGUGUUGGUCAACGGCCGUUUUCUUCCGGAGCAUCCUCUUCGCCUGUUUUCGAGAGGAAGUUGGGUUUGGAAUUCUUGGAAUUUUACAGCACGGGGUGGAGCUUUGCCUCUGAACUCGAUGGUGGACAUUAUGACAAACUCGCGUUAGUAACGGCGUUGACCAGUCAUGUCCGAAGCUACUCACAAACCUCAACCCUUGUCACCACCGAGGAAGGGUUUGGUUUCUUGAGCUUUAUUCAUGGCAGAAUCAUCACAGAGGAAUUAUACCAAAAUGGAGAUUGGACGUUCACAGACAUUAUACCGAAUUGGCUAUCUGCAUUGGACGAAGUACAGAGCCACCGUCCAGAUCGUUUAUUCGAGCGAAUACCCGGUUUCUUCCCGUUGACCGUUUCGGGUUUAAUGGGAUUAUUGAAAACCUCGGGAAAGACGUCGGCCCUCGUGCCCAUACUGGAUUCCUUCAAAGAGGGUUGGGAUGAAGUAGGGCAGCGUCAACGGCACAGUUUGGUCAACGCCUUGUCGGAACACAUCAAUUCCCAGCAAUUUGCUCGUCCUAUGCUACUUCUUCUUGAAGCAGGUGAUUCCGGUCGCGACAGUCUGAAUGCAGGUGUAGGUUUCCUCACGUUUGUGAAUAACAAACUGGCUGAAGAUCCCACUUUCCAUCGCGGGGAAUUUUCUGGUAUCAGGAGUCGUUGGGUAAAAGCUUUGCGGCAUAUAGGAUAUUCUCAUCGGUUGCCACCAGAUCACUUCCGGCUCGUCCCAGAGCCUGGUGGUACAAGAGCAACGCGGACCGGGACAGAAAGCGCAAGCUGGAGAACUGAGUCAGAGAGCGACGAAGAAAAUGAACAGCAUCAUCAAGAGGAUCAGGGAGAGGCAGGUGGAGAGGGAGAUGUGAUUCCGUCGGAGGAGCCUCUGGACACCCGGGAAACCGGAGAUAGUGUGUCGAUCAAUACUGAGAACCAGCCUGAGCAUGGUAGGGAAAACGAAGGGGUAUUCGGCGGCCCUGGGGCAGACAAAAAUGUCUGA